AUGGAGAACAUCUGGUACCACCGCAGAGUCGCCGACACGGCCGCAAAGGGCUGCAUGAUCUGCUACAAACCCUCGGCCAGCGUCCUCAUCACUCCAGACAGCAAGGACUUCUUCUACAUCUGCCCUUCACAUCUCAAGGAUCGCAAUUUCGCCAUUCCUACCGACGAUGAAGCAAAAGCUAUUGCCGACAGAAAGAAGAAGGAGGAACUGGAUCGCGAGAUCGAAGCUGUCAAGAAAGAGUACGAUGAGAAGAUGAAGAAGAAGCAGCAGAAAAAGGACAAGGCCAACGACAAGGACAAGGAUAAAAAAGACAAGGACAAGGACAAAGAAAAGGAUGACAAGGAUGAGAAAGAGAGGGACGACAAGAUCAAGGCUCUGACAGACAAGGCCGAGGGCUCCUCGUCCACAUCCAAGCCAGGCGUCGACGAUGGACCUCGAGUCUUUCAGCUGCAGAAACACUUCUACAACAUGCGACUCGAGAAGAGGCGCAAUGCCGAAGCUGCAAAGCGCAACCAAGAGCGCCUACGCAAUCCCUCUCUGUUCCCCUCGGUCCCCACUGGCAAUCCUUGA